UCCAAGAAAUGUUUGCAUUGUGCAUGGGACCCUGACUUUUUGCCACCAAUCUGAAGACUCUCCGUGUAUUGUGCAAGGAAGGUCGGACACGACGAACUCCGCUUGAAUAUCUGGAGCCUCUCGGGAAGUUGUGAUGGCCAAGCUGAUAAAAGACGUACAGCAUGUGUUCAAAUUGUUCGUUGUUAUCAGUGUGAUGACUUUCAAGCCCACCAGCGCCAUUGAGACAGUGAAUGUGGUGGAUUUCUGUGGCCAAACGAUCCACGGGGACGGGCUGAUCAUCAACUCCCACCAGGAGUCGAAGAAGUACUACUUUGUCACCAUGGGAACGGACUGUCACUUCACCAUGCAAGCCAACAUGCUGCAAGAGAGGGUGCUGUUCCACUUCCGCUUCUUCCUGGUCUACAGCCUCCUGCGGGUCGCCCCCCUCAGCCCCCCCUCCCCCCUCUUCCCAGAGUCUGCCAGUGACCCCUCCUCACUCUCCCGCCGCCCUGUGUGGCCUGACCACCGCCAUGAUGUGGAGUCAACCUCUAGGGACGUCCAGGAGGACCCCUGCUAUGCUGGCUCUUACAUACAGUUCUACGACGGCCCCAGCAAGAAUUCACCCCCCAUCGGGCUCCCGUUGUGUGGAAAGAGUCCACCACAGCCUGUGCUCUCCACAGGAAACUACCUGACGUUGAGACUCGUCACGAGGGGUACGCAGCCCAGGGUUGAUUUUGUCGGAGACUUCACAUCUUUCAGAUUGGGUUCCAACCAAUCAGGAUGUGGUAACGAGCGGUACUUCAGCUGCUGGAAUGGGAAGUGCAUUCCAAUGAGUUUGGUUUGUGACGACGACAGAGACAUCGACAACUGCGGGGAUGGCAGUGAUUUAAGAAGUCAUCAUGAGGCCCUGUGCACAAGUCAUCAGUCUGUGAAACUGUCUCCCCGCCAAUCUCAACUCUCCUUCCACAGAAUUGUGGCACUCCUGACAUCCCCACAAACACAGACCCAGUGUCAGACUCCCUGAAGUAUGUGUCCCCUCUGGCUUGGUAUGUGGCCCUCGGGCUCCUGGUGGGCACGGCACUGCUGUGUUGGUGCUGCUGGUCGCCCGGUUGGUGCCUGUGGAGGGUGAGUGUGUGCCGCCUGCUGCCCUGCUGCAACUCCUUCUGUGCGUCGUGCCAGCUGUGCCCGCUCUGUGCCCGCAGCUGCCCUCAGACCAAGGAUCACCGCCUGGCCACGGUCUCUCCCCAGAGCUCACUGACUAAUGCUACCACCAACAACAGCAUCAGUACCACAAUUGUAACUGUGUAACUCUUACAGCAUCACCACACCAAUAGAACAGACUCAAGCCAUUGCUCAGUCAACUGAAACCUUUCUGUUAGAGAGACCAAAGACAUUGACCUGAGUCAUCUGCAUGCGUGCGCUCAGCAGGAAAACCUGUCAUUAUCCAGCUAGUUUUUUUCUGUUGCCUCCUACUCAUGUCAACUCAUGUUUUAAUCAUACGAUUUUUAAACCUGUGUUCCUGUUUCUCUUAAUUGUACAGUUUUGUGACUUUAAAGCAUGUUUCUAGUUUAAAGUACAAAGUAUGUAAAAGUUUAAACUGUAAAAACAAAACUGAAGGGCUUGUAUAGCAAUUUACUCUUAGCCUGGCGUUUGGAUUAUGUUGUUACAAUUCAUGUUUUUUUUUUUUUUUUGGCCUUCAUGGCUGAAUGUCCUCUGUUAGUUGUUAAAUGUUAUUAGGUGCUUAUUAGGUGUUAAUCUAAUCUAAAAGAUGAACUAGAUAUAUGCAUAAUAGUUUGUUGUAUAUCUUAUUCUGAGUGAAGGGACUGUGGUUUGUGGAUAUGGCGGCUGUACACUGAUGUUCGGUGGUUUUGAGACCUGUCUAGUGAAUAUGAUGAUUUAGAACAGAUAUAUUCUUGUGCUGAAUUUGAGCAUUUUGUGAAAAAAUUGUAGAACUGUACUUGUUUUGAAAAAUAUGCAUAUAUACAUAAAAUGUGGGGUUAUUAGUUAAAGGCAAGAGGCUUGCACACAGUAGUACAUAUACAGGACAUGUUAGGCCUACAAGUAUCAAACAGGACAAGGGUAUACACUAAACUAAAACCCCAAAUCAGAAAAAGUUGGGACGGUAUGUUAAAUUAAAAUUAAAACUGAAAACAUUCAUUUGAAAAUUGUCUUGGACCUGUAUUACAUUGAAAACAAUAGAUUAUUUGAUGUUUUACCUCAUGAAUUGUAUUGUUUUUUUUCGAAAUAAACACUCUUGUGAUUCUUGCAACAUAUUUCAAAAAACGUUGGGACAGUAAAGCAUUUAUCACUUUGUAUCAGGGACGUGCACAGGAAUUUUGAAGGG